AUGGAUCUCGCCAACACGCUCAUUCGGAGCGUCGUGCGCGCCUUCUACGAGACUCGCCAUAUCUUGGUCGUUGAUGCGCUGUUCCUUCACUCAGUGCUUCAUGCAGAAGAUCUCGCCUUUUUGAUGGGCAUGCAGCAGAAGGACUUGCGCAAGCUCUGCGCACGUCUACGAGAAGAUCGCUUAAUUGGAGUGAGCACGCGCGCUGAAAUUCGCGAUGGAUCUACCCGCCCCGUCAAUCGCGAAUACUACUACAUUCCUCUCCACCCGGUCAUCGAUGCCAUCAAGUACAAGGUCUCCAAAUUGACCUCGACGAUCAAGGAGCAAUACACACCGAGCGAAGAGCGCAAGGAGUACAUGUGUCCACGAUGCUUGGCGGAAUGGACCGAGCUGGACGUUUUGAGUCUGGUCUCCGAGGAAGGCUUUGAAUGUCAAAAUUGCGGCGCGAUCCUGGAGCGAACUGAAGAUCUCAAGGGCGAGGAGGGCAUUGACCGGACUGGCCACGAGAAGAACAGCAAGCUGAUGGCCCAGCUUGACAACAUGCUCAAGCUCCUGAAGCAGAUUGACUCCGUGGAAAUCCCACCCAACGACUUUGACACCGCCUGGGAUCACAAGGUCGAGGUCCCCCGCAACCUGAGCACCCACCCAAUUCGCGCGGCCAUUCCCGUUCCGCCCAAGCCACAGGAUGUGGUGCGUGGGAAUAUCAAGACCGAUGCUGCAGCUCUGGAGAUCUCUCUCACAUCGAGCGAAGAAAAGAGUGCCGCCGAGCAAGCCGAGGAAGCUGCUCGCAAGGCCGCCGUGGAAAAGCAAAACGCUUUGCCCGUAUGGCACACUCAUUCUACCGUCGAUGCUACUACCCCUGCUCAGGUCAGAACCGAGGCGGGCGUUUCUAUUAAACCCGAGCUUGAAGAUGAGGACGUCAAGCCCACUAUGGACGCAUCGGACGACAAAAUUGCCGCCUACUACGCUGAGAUGGAGAGAGAAAAGGCUCUCCAAGCUCAAGAAGAUGCUAGUAGUGCGGAGGAUUCCGACGAUUUCGAUGAUGAAUUCGAAGAUGUUGGUGUUUCCGACCCCAGUGGACCAGGAACUCCAGCUACUGGACCUGGUCCAACCAGUGUCCCUACUCCUUCUGGGAUGACAGGUAUCAAGAGGGAACACGACACCUCUAGUGCUGCCCCAUCCUCCGUUGGCACCCCGUCUACUCCCGCUGAUGAUGGUCCCGUGAUGAAGCGGAUAAAGAUGGAGUCCGGUUCCAUUGCCGAGCCUGUCAAGUCUGAUCCUGAUGUAAAGGCCGAGCCGGAGGUGAAGGACGAAGAAUCCGACGAGGAUGAAGAAGAAUUUGAGGACGUGUGA